AUGGCCCGUACAAAACAAACCGCUCGUAAAUCCACCGGUGGCAAAGCGCCCCGUAAACAAUUGGCUACCAAAGCUGCCCGUAAAUCGGCCCCCGCCACCGGUGGUGUGAAGAAGCCCCAUCGUUAUCGUCCCGGAACCGUGGCUCUGCGUGAGAUCCGCCGAUACCAAAAGUCCACGGAAUUGCUCAUCCGCAAGUUGCCCUUCCAACGUCUGGUCCGUGAGAUUGCCCAGGACUUCAAGACUGACUUGCGAUUCCAGUCUAGCGCCGUCAUGGCCUUGCAAGAGGCUUCCGAAGCUUACUUGGUGGGUCUCUUUGAGGACACCAACUUGUGCGCCAUCCACGCUAAGCGUGUGACCAUCAUGCCCAAGGACAUUCAAUUGGCUCGCCGCAUCCGUGGCGAACGUGCCUAACUUGUGAACCCAAUCCACCUCUGGUUCAUCCAAAAGGCCUUUUUCAAGGCCAAAACUCUUUUCAUUGACAGAUCAAAAGCGUUAUUCUGCAAUCAGAAGCAUGAUCAGCCGCAUUCCGCGCUUAAAUUAACGCAACCUCUUAAUUGAUGAUCUUCAUUGAAUGAAUUUUCAUUGGCUGAAAUAUUUUUCUGAUGCAUAUCUAAGAGCAAGUCCAAACCAAUCGCUUGAUGAAUAAUCGACUGUGAAAACCGUGACUCAAAGUCAAGUACAGUUAUGAGCAACAAGGGACCAAUCAAAU